CCCGACAGCAUGAAGGACUUUGAGAUCGUGGACCAGCCUGGCGUGGACAUCUUCGGGCAGGUGUAUAACCAGUGGAAGAACAAGGAGUGUGUGUGCCCCAACUGCAGCCGCAGCAUCGCCGCCUCCCGCUUCGCCCCACACCUGGAGAAGUGCCUGGGCAUGGGCCGCAACAGCAGCCGCAUCGCCAACCGCAGGAUCGCAAGCAGCAACAACAUGAACAAGUCGGAGAGUGACCAGGAGGACAACGAUGACAUCAACGACAACGACUGGUCCUAUGGCUCUGAGAAGAAAGCAAAGAAGAGGAAAUCGGAUAAG